AUUGGGCACACCUUACCCGUUAUAAUAAUAGCAUAAAUAUAUGUUUGUAUUUACUAAGUACAGUGUCACUUUAUUAAUAAUGCCCCUAAAGGAUGUGAUGGUUUUGGAAUUUGUUGGUCUCGCGCCAGGGCCUUUUUGCGGGAAAAUUCUCGCAGAUUUUGGUGCUUCGGUGUUGAGAGUUGAUAAGAAAUAAAUUGGAAAAUUGAAUUUUAUCAUGCAUUCACGGAUGUUAAACCCAAAACAUGGAACGAAAAUUACAGGUUUGGGAAAACAACUUCGAUGUGUUGACGCAUGGAAAGUCGACUAUAAACAUUGAUUUAAAAACAACAGAAGGGCGUGAACUAGCACGGAAACUUAUUCAAGUUCAUGAUGUACUGAUUGAUCCAUUUAGACCUGGCGUGUUGGAAAGUGUUGGGCUUGGGCCGGAGGUAUUGUGCAAGGAAAAUCCCAGGUUAAUAUAUGCGCGUUUAACAGGCUUUGGUCAAUAUGGACCUUUAGCGAAACGAGCAGGACAUGACAUUAACUAUCUUGCGAUUUCUGGUGUUUUAUCUAUGUUGCGUUCUCAUGGUAAGAGACCGACUCCACCUUUAAAUAUCUUAGCAGAUUUCGCUGGUGGAGGUUUACUAUGUGCAAUGGGAAUUUGUUUAGCGCUUUUAGAACGCCAUCGUUCUGGUUGCGGACAAAUAAUUGAUGCUUCAAUGUGUGAAGGAGUAGCUUAUUUAUCCUCGUGGUUAUUUUUGUCUCGUUCUCUUCCCAUAUGGGGAAGUAAUUCUGGUCAAAGCAUGUUGGAUGGAGGUUCUUAUUUUUAUGAUUUAUACGAAACAAGUGAUGGUAAAUAUAUGGCUGUGGGAGCAUUGGAACCAAAGUUCUUCGAAAUUUUUAAAAAUAAUUUGGGUUUACCUGAACUCAACCAAUUUCCAGGAAAUCAAUAUGAAAAUGAUAUUACUAUAUAUUUAGUAAAGCAGGCCUUUUUGAAAAAGACACAAAAUGAGUGGUCUGGUAUUUUUGAAAAUAUCGAUGCAUGCGUUUAUCCAGUUUUGGAAUGGGAAAACGUAGCUCAGCACAACCAUAAUAAGUAUCGUACCAGCUUUCAGCGAUUGAACAACAUGUGGGCGCCUGUACCGUCGCCCUUGUUAAGUAGAACCCCUGGAAUUUUAAAAAGUAUGCCAACACAUUCAAAAAUUGAAAAUGUAUUGAAAAAUUUGGAGUUGCGUGAAGAAAAUGUUGAAAACCUCGAAACUUCGUUUACAAUCCAAAAAUCAAAAAUAUAACGAGCAUGAGUAAAACACCCGAAAUGAAAGUGGAAAAAAUAUAUAUACGUACAUAUAUAUGUGUGCAAAAAACGCUCACAAUCGAAAUGUUUGUUGAACACACAAAAAUUAAAAUUAUAAAUGAAAUUUGUAACAUGCCAAAUAUUCAGCAUUCCAAUAUUGUUAACCAGAAUAAAUAAGAACUCAUGAAAUCUUUGGAUCCAAA